UCUCUUCGUUUCAUUUUUUUUUUUUUUUUUCGUUUCAAUUUUUUCUGUUUGGAAAAUUUCCGUUUCUUUUUGUGUGUUCAUCUGCAGCACAGAGGCAAUAUCACGAACAACUUGGUAUCUCCUUCCUCGAAUCUACGUUUCUAUAGGUGAGGGUCUUGACUCUUGAGGUGCGGAUAAUCUUGAGCCUAGGGCUUUACUGCUAGUUAGUGGAUUUGUCAUUUUCGGCAUCAGAAAUGGGAAAUGGGUCGGAGAAUUUCGAUAUUGAGGAUCUGAUGUCUUAUGGAGACGAUUUGAUCAAUUUAUUGGAUGUUAAGAAUGGUUUUGAUGUGAUAUCUCAAAGUUUCGAGCAGUUAAAAGCUCUCAAUUCCGCUUGCGAUGAGGAUUUCAGUGAGAUACAUGGCUCUAUCCAUGAUUGUAAGAAGAAACUCGAUGUCUGUAAGAAGAAAACGGAGGAAGCAUAUUCAGAUGUUGCGGCUGAAGAUGAAAUUGAACGUCUUCAGAAAGAGCUCGACGAAGAAAUGGAACUGGAGCGCAAGCUUAAAGACGAGCUUAGAGUGGUCGCUGAUGAACUUAAUGACCUGAAUGCUCAAUUGACUUCAAUUGAUGAACAUAAGCAAUCUACAAAGAGAAAAGAGCGGGACGACUUGAGAACUGUGAAAAAGCUAUCUAUGUAUGCUUCUGUCACGAAAGUUAUACCGGACAUUGAUGAUCCAUCAAAGAUCUCAGGCUAUAUGGUAGAUCGUGAAACGAGGGUCAUUGAGAAGUUUCAAUUUGAGACAAAUAAGAUGACGGCCUACGAGACAUGUAACAGUAUCUGGAGCAUCAUAAACAAGCAAUAGACAGACUUGACACUAGUUCGUUUGUAUGAUAUUUUUGUUUGAUCAGUCUCAGUUCUACCUUAGCAACCAAAAACACUCUUUACCAACUACCACUCCUUGAUGUAAACACUUUCUGCUUAUAUAAUUUGGAUAUUUGUGAUUUGAUUAUGAAUCCUCUACUCCUGUAACAUUAUCAUCAAUCUAUGAAUAUAUUCACUGCAAGUUUCCUUGCAA